CAACAGCUGGCGUGCCUGCUUAACAAACAGCUGUUAGUCUGCUUUGUUUUGCUACUCGCGUGCUCGCUUCUAUGCUUGUGCAGUGUAUAUUUUGUGUUUUUAUUCUUGAUUUGUGCUAAUUUUAAGUGAAAUAAUCUCUCCAAUACUAUUUAUUGCUAAUUUGGAAUAAAAACAGUGAAUUAUGCUUCGAAAAGUACCGUUAAUUGUUGUAUUAGGCUCUACCGGCACCGGCAAAACGAAACUGUCGCUGGAGUUGGCCGAACGCUUUGGUGGCGAAAUAAUCAGCGCCGAUUCAAUGCAGGUUUAUGCCAAUCUGGACAUUGCCACUGCUAAAGCAACAAAAGAGGAACAGUCGCGUGCCAAACACCAUCUACUGGACGUGGCAACGCCUAACGAACCAUAUACUGUAGUGCAUUUUCGUAAUGCUGCCUUGCCAAUUAUUGAAAACCUUUUAGCACAAAGCAAAUGCCCCAUCGUGGUGGGUGGCACCAAUUACUACAUCGAAUCGUUACUAUGGGAUAUACUAGUGAGUCCAAAAGAUGCCGAUGAAAAGGCUGACACGUCCAACGCAGGAACGUCAGCAAGAAGAGAAGGCGAAGAUGCAGGGGCUACGGAAAAUGCGCAAAAUCCACUAUUUUUGCCGCUUGCUGAAAUUUCAGCCAUGUCAUCUGAGUUGUUGCAUAACCAUUUAAGGAAAAUCGAUCCGGAUUCAGCGAAUCGUAUACAUCCGAAUAACAAGAGAAAAAUAAUGCGGUAAGUUGUUAAAACAUUUUUGAAACAUUUUUUUAAAAUAUUUAAAACAUAUUUCUGGGUAGUAUGAGAA